ACAUGCCAUGAUAGCCCACUCCUUCCUAAUUGGAUCCCCGUGCCACGAUGUUCGGGAAUAUCGUAUUUCUCUCCCAGAGAGACCCUCCUUCCUCGCAAGUUAGCACUAGCGGGCGCCCUCAUCCUUUUGGAGGAGAACAAAAGUUGCACCAUUCAAGCCAUUCAUAGUGGGGUGCUGACCAUGCAGUGGACGAGGUGGACGAGGGACAGGGAUGCCGCUGGUUGGUGAGAAUGAUGACGGAGGGGCUGAUCGAUUGGUGUGAAUUUGCCCAUCGCGGGCUUUGGCUGCACAGCAUCUCCGCGACCGACAGGAUCAUCCAAGAGCUCAACUUGGGUGUGAACUCUUUUUUUUUUUUUUUUUCUUUCCUUUCCUCACAGCCCAAGGGCUGGGAAUAGUUGGAGAGCCUGGGAAGAGUCACGACUUCCCCAGGCGCCCCCAAAAAGGUUGAACGUGACAGGUCGUACUUGAUCCACCAAGCCCAACAAGCUGGGCCAAAGCUGGGGGAACCUCUGUUCAAUGCUGGAUUCGAUUCUCUCAGCACCCGCUUGGACCUGGGGCAUGCAGUCUGGCAGCAAGGGAGGAAAGAUGCAAAUCAACCAUUCUGCGCUCGCUGGACUCUGUACUGGUUUGCACGAUGAACGGGAUCAAGAUAUUGACGCAACGCACCAGCCACCGUCGCGUGCAGAUGGUGAUUUGGACCGGAUAGAUCACAUCACCGUGCAUCAUGGCCGAAAGAAUCCGGCCGUUACUGGACGAGACUCGUGGAGGGUCGGGGACUGGGACAGGCUCCUCGAGCAGCCUCUCAGGAGUACAUCUCCCGUUUUGCCUCGCUGACAUGCAGAAACGGAGGAUUUCAAUAUCACUACGGAAAGCCACUCUGCACGGGAUGCAGCUCUGUCAAGGGAGCUAUGACGGCUUGAACUACUCUACUCCAUUUUGGGAUGACUCUUGGACCUAGCCUCAUUAGGAUAUUUGAAUUCAGACCAGAGAGCCAGAAAGAAGAAGAGGACUUCACGUGAAGGAGUAACAAAGGAAGCUCUAGGAUAUCCAGUAUAGGGAUCAGCAUCGCGGAUGGAAAGUCGAGAGUCCAGAGUCCAGAGUCCAGAGUCAGAGUCUGGAUGGAGGGCGGAGAGGGAAAAGUGGGGGAGAACAAUCACCCUUGGGUUUUCCCAUUCAUCAGAACAAUACUACCAGCCCUAGAACAAUCAGUCAAUCAGUCAAUCACCUCGGUUUCAAGGACUCAAUCACCUUUGAUUCCAUCUCCUCGUAGUAUAUCUCUGUCUAUGACCCUCACGGUCCCCAGAGAGAGACUUUGUCCAUGCCACCCAUCAUCGCGGGGCGACACAAACGCAGAGUUCGAUUUCCAGCCGCUAACCUCCAACCACCGGCCGUCAUAUCGACACCUGGUACGGCCCAACAGCAACGACAACAGCAACAGCAACAGCAGCUCCCGGGGAACAAAUAUCCCGCUCCUCUGAAACCUGCCAAAUCUAUAUCUGGCAAUUCCCGUCAUCCGCCGAGAAUGGCCAGCCAACAAGAGCCCCGGCCGGGGAUCCCGGCGUUAUUCACGCAGCCGCCGCCUAUCCGCGACCCGCUCGUGACGGAGACCGUCGAGCUGCAGGACGCGACUCUACAGAAGUGUCUGGAUUUCCUCAAAGGCCUCCAUAUUUCUCAGGGCUCCUUCAAUGCAUCCGGAGUACCCGCUCUUCAACGGGAUGAUCAUGUUGCGUAUCUCUAUGAUUCUUUGGAAGAUUACCCCGAGGGCUUUGUCGCCAUGGACGCCAGUCGCCCGUGGAUGGUCUACUGGGCACUGGCUGGAUUGACGCUGUUGGGUGAGGAUCCCACGCGUUUUCGUGAGCGGGUCUUGGGAACACUCCGUCCCAUGCAGAAUCCCACCGGCGGCUUUGGUGGCGGGCAUGGCCAGAUAUCACACCUUGCCGGAAGUUAUGCAGCCGUACUCUCACUCGCCUUAGUCGGAGGCGAGGAUGCCUAUGCAUUGGUCGAUCGCGAAGCAAUGAGGCGAUGGCUGGGCCGAUUGAAGCAGGCUGAUGGAGGAUUCAGCGUCACGGAAGGCGGGGAAGAAGAUGUGCGCGGUGCGUACUGCGCGGCAACCAUUAUCUCGCUGCUCGAUCUGCCCCUGGCUCUGCCGCAUGAUUCAAAGAAAGCCCGAGACGCAGGCUUUGAGACUUUGACGGAUGGACUUGCAGAAUAUUUGUCGCGCUGUCAAUCUUUCGAAGGUGGCAUUUCCGGCAGCCCCGGUGUCGAAGCACAUGGAGCAUACGCUUUCUGUGCCCUCGCCUGUUUGUCAAUGCUGGGCCCCCCAGAAGAGACUAUUCCCAGGCACAUGAACAUUCCCCUGCUACUGUCAUGGCUCUCUGCUCGACAGUACGCCCCCGAGGGUGGCUUCUCAGGACGAACGAACAAGUUGGUUGACGGCUGCUAUAGCCACUGGGUCGGAGGUUGCUGGCCCUUGCUACAGUCCGCUCUAGAUGGGAAGCCACAGUCGACGGGUACUCCUUCAACGACUAUUGGCAACUUGUACAGCCGGGAGGGACUGGACCGGUACAUUCUCGGUUGCUGUCAAUCCCCCAGAGGUGGACUUCGAGACAAACCGGGCAAGAGUCCGGAUUCAUACCACACCUGUUACGUCUUAACCGGCUUGAGCGCAACCCAACACCACCACUACCGCACGACUACUAGCAUCGUCUCCAGUGGGAAAUUUGCCUCGGCAUUCUCCUGGCAGUCCUCACCGGUUCGCGGCGAGAAUAACGUGUACGACAAGGCUGACCGUCUCGUUGCCUUCCACCCGCUGUAUGUCAUUCCGCACCAGGCAGCGGCGAACAUGCGGCUCUGGUGCGAGGCACACCCCAUGACAGCCUAGUGCAUUGGACCGGGGGGAGGCGUGAGGAUGCAGUGUUGUGUUAUUUUGUGCGAGUCAGAAACGAUAAGUGACACGCCAUUGCGGGCGGAGAGAGAUGUCCCGUGGGUAUUGCAAUGACAGCGGUGGUACGGGAGAAGAUGAGGAAAGGUACACAGGGGAGACUCGUGUCUUUGAGGUUUCACUCAAUGGGCAACGGAGGGAGCACAAAGACAAUCUGACGUGCAGGACUCGCUGAAUUUACUCAGGACUUUUUUGAAGGAUCUAUAGAGCCUCUCUCAUUCAUCGUAGGGAGAGGCUAUAUCAUACUUUGACCAUUUAUCUGUCCUCAAAGACUAUUCACCUCUACUCUUUGAAGUCUUCAGGGUGUCCUUCUGGGAAACACGCGGACAAUCUCGCAUGAGUUCGCAUUGCGAAACACUAGCAAGCCCAACUUGAGAGCGUGCAGGAACAUGUCUUCAUCUCGGCUUAAAAAGGGAGAAGAGAUAGGCAAUGAUACGAGUGACGGAGUACAACGUUGAUUCGUAUACUGUGCUUAAGGAUGAUCCUCGACAGUCAUCUGCGCGCCUCUUGUCCUUCAGGAGUACCCGUGUUCCUUGAUCUACCCAACUGUCUCCUAUGGGCUCGACGAGUUCACCUCGACGAAGUAUUGUGUACCUCUCUCCCGUGGUACAUGUGUAAGUGAUUCUGGGAGGAGUACUCUCUCUAAAGGGUCGUCAUAGGAAGUAAACCUAGCCUUGAGCUCUCUUGGGGAUGCUAAAUACUUGAAUGAGAGACGCAACUACUUAGUA